CUCUUUCCUCUUUCCUCAACAGAAUCAAAGAGAUAUACGACCGGAAUAUUGCGGGGGACCAUUCCCCAAUUCAGUUUCUUUCUAAAACAAAAGUAGACACAUCCAUACCCAUAACCCAUAUAAUCACCAUAGCCACCUAACACCGCCGCGGCGCCACCGUACGUUACGUUUCGUGCGCACAGUAGUUGAGUUUUUGAUGGCGAGGCUUGUAGUUGAGGUGCUGGAUGCGAGUGAUCUUAUGCCCAAGGAUGGGCAGGGCUCGGCGGAUCCCUUUGUGGAGGUGAGCUUUGAUGGGCAGCGCCAGAGGACCCAGACCAAGAACAAGGAUCUCUACCCGCAGUGGAACGAGAAGCUGGUUUUCAACGUUACUGAUCCCGGCGACCUGCCCGCCAGGACCAUUGAUGUCACUGUUUAUAGCGAGGGGAAACAUGGCCACCAUAGCAAGUUUCUUGGGAGAGUCAAGCUUUCUGGGCUUUCUGUUCCGUUUUCCGAGUCGGAAGCGGAAAUUCAGAGAUACCCGCUUGAUAAAAGGGGGUUGUUUUCACAUAUUAAGGGCGAUAUUGCGUUGAAACUCUACUCUUUGCCGGGUCUGGGUAAUCCCAAUCCCGCUCCGGCGCCGCCGCCGCCGGUGCCCCAAGAUUUUAUACCCGAGGUGCCAUUGAAUACCGGGAGUGGCGCUGACCCUAGAGAAACCCCCGCCCCUCCACCUCCCCCACUCCAAGAAAUCAACCCCAAUUUGUUCGAGGAGGAGCCGAAGAUAGAGAGCGAAACCAAGAAGAAGAAGAAAAAGGAGCCGGAAGUUCGGACUUUUUUCUCUGUCGGCGCCGCCGCCGCCGCCGGAGCUGGCGGAGCCGGUCCUCCGCCUCCUCCGGUUGCCGUCGAACCCCGGAGCGAUUUCAUGAAGGCCGGACCGAUGCCUCCUGGGCUAAUGCGUAUGCAAAUGCCGGGCGGGCAAAGGCCGGAGUUUGGCUUAGUUGAAACCAGGCCUCCUCUAGCUGCAAGAACUGGGUAUUGGGGGAGAGACAAAACCGCAAGCACAUAUGAUUUGGUAGAGCAGAUGUAUUUCCUCUAUGUUCACGUCGUGAAGGCCAGAGAUCUCCCCGUCAUGGAUCUCACCGGGAGUCUUGAUCCCUAUGUGGAAGUCAAAAUUGGAAACUACAAAGCCACCACCAGGCACUUUGAGAAGAACCAGAACCCAGUUUGGAACGAGGUUUUCGCCUUCGCAAAGGAGAAUAUGCAGUCCCAUAUGAUCGAGGUAGUCGUGAAGGAUAAGGAUUUCGUGAAGGAUGAUUUCGUGGGGAGAGUUGGAUUUGAUAUCCUUGAAGUUCCUCUCAGAGUCCCCCCAGAUAGCCCCUUGGCUCCUCAAUGGUACAGAUUGGUGGGGAAGAAAGGGGAAAGAAUCCACCAAGGAGAAAUUAUGCUCGCCGUUUGGAUGGGAACCCAAGCCGAUGAAGCCUUCCCGGAUGCUUUGCAUUCAGAUGCUUAUGGUGUUAGCCCUCACAGCAUGGCUCAUACUCGAUCCAAGGUCUAUUUCUCUCCCAGAUUGUUUUAUCUAAGAGUUCAUGUUAUCGAGGCUCAAGAUCUUGUCCCCGCGGAUAAAGGGCGAAUGCCCGAGGCUUAUGUGAGAUUGCAGCUUGGCCAUCAGGCCAGGACUACUAGGCCGGCUCAGAGGCACAUUAAUCCGAUGUGGAACGAGGAGAUUAUACUCGUCGCCUCUGAGCCUUUCGAGGAUUAUUUGAUUAUAGAUGUUGUUGAUAGAGUCGGGCCUGGUAAGGAUGAAGUGAUUGGGAGAAUGAUGGUUUCGAUUCGAGAUAUUCCACCCAGGAUGGGGGAAACCAGCAAGCUUCCCCCUUCUAAGUGGUUUAAUCUCCUCAGACCUUCUCACGCCGAUGAGGAUGAGAAGAAGAAGGAAGUGAAAUUCUCUAGCAAACUCCACGUCGUUCUUUGUAUGGAUGGGGGUUACCAUGUUCUUGAUGAGUCCACGCAUUUUAGCAGCGAUCUUCAACCUUCGUCCAAGCUCUUGAGGAAGCCCAGUGUUGGGAUUCUUGAAUUGGGGAUUCUGAAUGCCCAGAAUCUGCAGCCGAUGAAGGGGAAAGACGGUAGGCUUACCGAUGCUUAUUGCAUAGCCAAGUAUGGGAACAAAUGGGUUCGAACAAGAACUGUGCUCAACAACCUGAAUCCCCGAUGGAACGAGCAGUAUACGUGGGAAGUGUUCGAUCCCUGCACGGUGAUAACCAUUGGCGUUUUCGAUAAUUGCCACAUCCAUGGCAAGGAGGACGCGAGAGACCAGAGGAUUGGUAAGGUGAGAAUUAGGCUUUCGACUUUGGAAACCGACAGAAUUUAUACUCAUUUUUACCCGUUGCUAGUGCUUCAUCCAUCCGGGCUUAAGAAACACGGUGAGCUUCAUUUAGCGAUACGGUUUACUUGCACCGCUUGGGUGAAUAUGGUGGCGCAAUACGGGAGGCCAUUGCUUCCCAAGAUGCAUUACGUGAACCCUAUCUCGGUUAGGCACAUCGAUUGGCUUCGCCAUCAGGCGAUGGUCUUAGUUGCUGCAAGGCUGACGAGGGCCGAGCCCCCUCUCAGAAGGGAGGUGGUCGAGUAUAUGUUGGAUGUGGAUUACCAUUUGUUUAGCCUUAGGAGAAGCAAGGCGAACUUCAAUCGCAUUCUCUCGCUUUUCUCCGGGGUUAGUGCCGUCUGCCGGUGGUACUAUGGAAUCUGCUACUGGAAAAACCCGUUCACGACCAUCCUUGUGCACGUGCUUUUCUUGAUCCUCGUUUGCUACCCGGAGCUCAUCCUCCCCACGGUUUUCCUAUACCUCUUCGUGAUUGGCCUGUGGAACUACCGGUUCAGGCCUAGGAACCCACCCGCCAUGGACGCACGCCUUUCUCUGGCGGAUAGUGUCCAUCCCGACGAACUGGACGAGGAAUUCGACUCGUUCCCGUCGAGUAGGCCUAACGAGAUUGUGAGAUUGAGGUAUGACAGGCUGAGGUCUGUGGCGGGGAGGGUGCAGAGCGUUUUGGGGGACUUGGCAACGCAAGGGGAACGAGCUCUCGCCAUUUUAAGCUGGAGGGAUCCCCGGGCUACAGCCAUAUUCAUCAUCUUUGCUUUGAUCUGGGCUGUGUUUCUUUAUGUUACGCCUUUCCAAGUGAUAGCGGUUCUCGUGGGGCUGUUCAUGCUGCGCCAUCCCCGGUUCAGGGGCAAGCUGCCAUCGGUGCCCGUUAACUUCUUCAAGAGACUGCCAGCGAAAUCAGACAUGCUUUUGUGAGAUUUUAAGGUUGUAAUUAUCAAUCAAUUUUUCUGGUUCAGUUCAAGUGUAACAUAUAUGUAUGUAUGUAUGGUUGAGUAAAUAAAUGGAAGGAAUAAACUUGGCAGAAGAAGAAGAGACAUAGCAGUGAAAGUGAGUUCCCUUUCUUUUGUCUCCCCCAGAAUCAGAAUCAGAAUGUACUUCUUGUGUAGUGUUCAUAUGCAGCAGGGGAGGGGAUGGGAUUACAAUUAUAUUCCUUUUGUUUCCUAUUCCAUUGUAGAUUAGAUGAUAUUCAAUAUUGUAUUGAUUAUUGGAUUAUGAGGCCAUCAAAUAAAUUCAUAUAACCUCUCUUAUUUCUUAA